AUGGAGGAACAGGGCCCCUCCCUCGCCAAGCAGGUCGAUCUCAGCCGGAAUCUCGAGGCAGAAUACGCAUUACAAAGAAAAUUUUGUGUAAUCCCAUGUCUAACCAGCGCCAGGAUCCGCAAUCUCCUCGAGGAUGUUGCCCGCGAGCAGCUCAUGCGCGACGUCGAGACCUUUGCCGAGUACAGAUGUCUCCAGGAGCACGUUGACGUCCUCAAGAAGGGUGCUGUUGUCGCCCAGAGGGCUGCUGCUAUUUAUUUAGCCCUCUAUCGGCCCUGCCUGACCGUUCCGUCGAUGCCCACUUUCUCCCUUAAGGCGAGCCCUUGCUGCGCCGAUGUGACAUACCCUCAUGUUGAUGAUGUAUUGGCGUUGGCAAUUUGCUGCAUUGUGUGUAUUGCUUGA